AUGUCCCUUUCUAUUAAUGACCAAAAUAUUGCAAACAGAGUUAAAGUCCCAUUUCCUCCAUCUAUUAGCAUAGACGAAAUUGUAAAAAUACACUUGAAAAAUAGAAUCAAGAGUGUGAAUCAGACUAUGAAUUCGUUCAUGAUUUAUCGAAAAAGAUAUAAUCAUAUAGUUGCAAAAUUUAAUCUCUCAAGUAAAGAUGUAUCCAAAUUUGUCAGCAUUUCAUGGAAAAAUGAGCCAGAAUAUGUUAAAGACUAUUACCGACAGAUGGCAAAAAAUGUAAAAAAAUAUACCUCUAAUCCUUCACUUCUUAAUACAAGUUUAAACUCCCCUCCCCCUCUUAAUAUAGAACAACCAAUCGAAUCUGUCAAUUUCAGAAAUGAUCUUUACGCAUAUAUGAUGAAUAUGGAUGAUAAUGAAUUUAUGAACUAUCUUUCUGAGGAUAUGGCUUUAACUUAUAGCACAAUUAUUCAAUCAUUAUCGUGA